AUGCCUGAUGUUGCAAAAUCUGCUGUCAUGAACUACCUUGAUAUGUUCAGCAAGAUAGUAUUAAUCCUGCGAUACUACCAUGUGGCGAUCAACAGCGAGAUUGUACUUGGAACUUUGCUUGGACUCAAGGUCGAUGCACCUCGGAAGCUGAAGUCGAAGAAGACUGCCAAGACUUCUCCUACUUCUGGGGUCUUGGUGGACGAGAAGCCUUUCAGGAAGGCUAACGUGAUUACGAAAUUUGAUUCGCCAAAUUUCUUGCGUCAAUCGAACGGCAAUGAUAUUUCUCGCUACCGCCAGCGCAUCGAACAUCGUCUUGUCGUUGUCCACAUAAAGCCGAUGGGUGACACUACCACAACUCGUAGGUUCUACGCAGACGAUGGCAAACACGAUGCGGACUGGAAUGCAGAAGCGCAGCUCAUGCUGCUGACCCAACGUUGGCCGGGCUAG